GUGAGUUUAGUCAGAGAGAGCCGUUGAGGGGAUGGAACCGGCAAAACCGGGCGAGAAAUUCCAACCGCACUGUUCUUAACAGUUAUCGUGACACCUCUGGGAUCUUGUUCACCAGGGCCCACACUUUGUAUCGAUCUUGAUCUCGAUAUCGAUAUCUAUCACUUGGCUUUUUUUUUUUUCAUUUUUUCUUGUGUGUGUGUGUGUGUGUGGGUUUCAUUUUGCGUGGACUCUCUGUGUUAGGAGCAAGGACGCGCAGAUGUGACGGCGAUGCGCCGUGCCACAGGGUUCAUCACCGCGCAAACGCCCUCUGUGGAUCUAUAUUUUGUAUCUGGGGCCACAAGGUUCUCAUAAAGAUUCUCCAGCGGAAGCCUGGUGACUCACUGCAUGCUGCAGCCGCGAGCAGAGGGGACUCACUGCAUUCUAAUAGGAGGAGAGACGCGGGAGAGGACUCGCCUCGGUCCUGUUACGCACACACACACUCACUCACACGCACACGCACAUACACACACGCACACGCGUGCGCACGUACUGCUGGAGCACUUUGCAUCCAUCCACAAUCACGCACCACUGUAGCGCGCGCUGGACCUCUCCGUGGGCUUCUUCUUCCUGGGCUUUUUCAGAAGAGUGCGCAUAAAAAGGAUGUAACUGGCUUUUGGUGUGUGGUGGCUGUUGUUGGUGUUUUUUUUUUUUUUUUUUGGCUGGACAGCGCGCUGUGUUCUGGGAGAGAGGAAUCUCAGAAAAGGCUGCUCGGUCGUGGAAGCCGGAUGGUGGUGAUCCAGCGCGCGCAGGCUUUCAGCAGAAUAUCAAUUAGAUGUUGAGCCGCAACGCUGCUUGUGGAAGCGUCGAAGAGAUUGUUUGACGGAGGGAAAGAGCGCACAAUGUCUUUGGGCAUUGUUUCACCAUGAACAGACUUGGAACUGAAGGUGUGAAUUGUGAGAUCGCUGGACGGAUCAACAGGUCGCAAGCGUAAAGCGCAUCUGGAGCCAUGGCGCUCGUGUCGAGACGAAUGCACCUCUCUGUUUUGUCUUUCUUACUCUUGUGGGCGCAAGCCCUGACGUUGAAAAACUUGAACUUUACGAUCUCCGAGGAAAAGAACCAGGGUGUGAUUGGAAACAUUGCCAAAGACGCAGGGCUCGAGCUGAGAGAGCAGGGCAAAAAAUCCAACUUCAGGGUGCUGGAGAAUUCAGCUCCACACCUCAUAGAUGUGGACCCCGAGAGUGGGCUGCUCUUUAUCAAGCAGAGGAUUGAUAGAGAAACACUGUGCAAACGAAACCCUAAGUGCCAGCUCUCUAUGGAAGUGUUUGCCAAUGACAAAGAGAUCUACAUGAUUAAGGUAGACAUACAGGACAUAAACGACAAUGCGCCCAGCUUUCCUUCCGAUCAGAUCGACAUCGAUAUUUCAGAGAACGCCGCCCCUGGCACCCGCUUUCCCCUAGCUGCUGCCUACGACCCCGACACCCGGGAAAACGGCCUUAAAACAUAUCAAAUCACACGAGAUGAUUACAGCAUAUUUUCUCUGGAUGUGAAGUCCAGGGGAGAUGGAACUAAAUUUCCUGAGCUGGUCGUCCAGAGGUCUUUAGAUAGAGAGGAGCGCAGCCAUCAUACUCUAAUUAUAACUGCCACAGAUGGAGGGGAGUAUCCGAAGUCAGGCACAAUGCAAAUCAAUGUGAAAGUAAUUGAUUCAAAUGACAAUAGCCCCGUUUUUGAGCAGUCCUCUUAUGUUGUGGAAAUUCCUGAGAAUUCUCCACCGGGCACAGUAUUGAUAGAUUUAAAUGCCACUGACCCUGAUGAAGGAAGUAAUGGGCAGGUUACCUAUUCUUUGAGUUUUUAUGGCUCGGAUAGAAUCAAAGAAUUGUUCUCAAUAGACCCCAAAACGGGUGUCAUAAAGAUUCAGGGGAAAAUCGACUAUGAGGAAAACCCAAUUAUAGAAAUUGAUGUGCAGGCAAAGGAUCAAGGUCCGAAUCCUGUUCCUGGCCAUUGUAAAGUCACUGUUAAAGUGCUUGACAGGAAUGACAACUGGCCAUCAAUAGGCUUUGUAGCGGUUCGGCAGGGGGCAGUUAGUGAAGCAGCACCCCCAGGGACUGUCAUUGCUCUGGUGAGAGUGACUGACAAGGACUCUGGCCGCAAUGGGCAGCUCCAGUGUAGGAUUUUAGGCAACGUCCCAUUCAGACUUGAGGAGAACUCUGACAAUUUCUACACAGUGGUGACAGAUAGACCGCUGGAUCGAGAAGUGAAGGACGAAUACAACAUUACGAUCAUGGCCAAAGACAACGGUAACCCUCCACUGAAUGCCACCAAGUCUUUUACAGUCAAAAUUCUGGAUGAGAAUGAUAACGCACCACGGUUCACAAAGAUGGUCUACCUCCUUCAGGUGCCCGAAAACAACAUCCCAGGAGAAUAUCUUGGUUCAGUUCUGGCCCAUGACCCAGACUUGGGCCAAAAUGGCACUGUUUCCUAUUCCCUCCUUCCAUCUAAUGUGAGUGAGGAAUCCAUCACCACAUACGUGAACAUCAAACCAACCGAUGGAGCCAUUUAUGCCCUAAGGAGUUUCAAUUAUGAGCAGACCAAAUAUUUUGAUUUCAAGGUCCAGGCUAAGGACUCAGGUAAUCCCCAUCUGGAGAGUAACACUACAGUACGUGUGAGUGUGCUUGAUGUCAACGACAACAUCCCAGUCAUUGUGCUGCCACUGUUGCAAAAUGAUACGGCAGAGAUACACGUCCCACGCAAUGUUGGCGUAGGCCAUGUUAUUACGACGGUGAGAGCAGUGGACAAUGACUUUGGCGAGAGCGGCCGCCUAACCUACGAGAUCUCGGAUGGCAACGAGGAGCACCUGUUUGAGAUUGAUUCUGUGACGGGAGAGGUGCGGACAGCUCAGCCACUGUGGGAGGAGGUGUCUUCUGUGGUGGAGCUCAUCAUCAAAGUGACAGACCAUGGAAAGCCCACGCUCUCCGCCAUGGCCAAGCUCGUGGUCAAGGCAUAUUCGGGACCCCUGCCAGAGGGCGAGCCGCGGAUCAACGCUGAGCAGCAUGGGUGGGACGUGUCGCUCCCUUUGAUUGUCACGCUCAGCGUCAUUUCCGUCAUGCUGCUGGCAGCCAUGAUUGCAGUCGCCGUCAAGUGCAAGCGGGAGAACAAGGAGAUCCGCACCUACAACUGCCGCAUCGCAGAGUACUCACACCCACAGCUGGGCAAGGGCAAAAAGAAGAAGAUAAACAAGAAUGACAUCAUGCUGGUGCAGAGCGAAGUGGAGGAACGUGACACCAUGAACGUGAUGAAUGUAGUGAGCAGCCCCUCGCUGGCCACAUCACCGAUGUACUUCGAUUACCAGACCCGCCUUCCCCUCAGCUCGCCCAGGUCUGAGGUCAUGUACCUCAAACCGACAGCCAACAACCUCAGCGUUCCCCAAGGACACGUGGGUUGCCAUACGAGUUUCACGGGGCCUGUGACUAGCACCACAGAGACACCGGUUAACAGAAUGUCGAUAAUUCAGACCGACAACUUCCCCACCGAGCCCAAUUACAUGGGGAGCAGGCAGCAGUUUGUUCAAAGCAGUUCCACGUUUAAGGACCCGGAGCGAGUGAGUCUGAGGGACAGUGGACAUGGGGACAGUGACCAGGCCGACAGCGAUCAGGACACCAAUAAGGGCUCGUGCUGCGACAUGUCCGCCAAAGAAGCACUGAAGAUGAAGGCAACUGGACUCAAGCCUCAACCUCUUGAGCAGGAAGAGGACUGCGUGAACUGUACUGAUGAGUGCCGGGUCCUGGGCCACUCGGACCGCUGCUGGAUGCCCCAGUUCCCGGCACCAGGCAUGGCGCAGGCUGAGGGUCUCGACUACCGCACAAACCUGUUCGUACCUGCAGGAAUGGAGGCCGUGGCGACCGAGCCAGAGAGCUAUGAGGCAACAGGCAACACCAGUGGCAAGAAGACCUUCUGCACUUUUGGCAAGGAGCGGCGUGAGCAUGCCGUCCUGGUGGCCAACGUCAAGCCUUACCUCAAGGGCAAGCGUGCUCUCAGCCCACUGCUCCAGGAAGUGCCCUCAGCCUCGUGCAGCCCUACCAAGGGAACCAAAGGCGUUGCAGACGGAGCCGAGGUCAAUCCCAGCACCAGCCACUAUGAAGGGCCCAAUGGACUUUACACUUCUCCUGGAAAGCAGAGUAGAGAUCAAGGGUACUGUGCACUAACCGGCUCAGAUCCUGUAGCCAAAGUGCUGUUGGAGGCACGUUCACGUAUCAGCCAGGAAACGGCUAACGAGCCGGACGGAGCACUUGAGCAUGGAGGAGGAGAGGCAAGCCGAGGAGGCAUGGACGCCGAGCAGGUGGUCAGAGACAUCGAUAAACUUCUCCAGGACUGCCGAGGCAACGAGGCUGCAGUGGUCAGGAAGUGAACAGACUAAUACACUGAUGCAGAAAAUGAAAAAGAAGACAAACAGUGUGAGAGGGCGAGAGUCUGUGAGCUUAGAAACACUCUCAAAGAGUGAGGUGCUCAUGAGGUUUGACAGAUUAGGACAGAAAAGAACUUUUGACAGACUGUCUCAAAAAAAAAGCCAGGUUUUCUGGACGCCAUGUUGUUUUGGGGGGGAGGGGGUUCUUAGGGAGUUUCAGAUGUUGCUGUUUCUGGCUUCUUAGCAAGCUUUUUCUUCAAGUGCCCACCAGCUCUAUACUUUCUUUCUGACUCGGAACGCCACAAACCGCAAGAAAAGGUUGAUUCUGACAAUCGCAACUGAAAUGUAGAACACUCCAAAUGCGGUUGGAUCUCAUGAAGACCGAACCACGCUCUUCUCUUUUCUGACUUUGUAAUAUCAUUGUAUGAAAUACUGAAUAAUCUCUGAUUAUCUCUGAUCUAUGGGGAGGGGGAGGGGUGGUAACUGGGGUGCUUAAUUAAGAAAUGUUACCAUUUCUUCACUCGCCAUUUCUAGUCAUAUGUGUAAGCUGUGUUUCCUCCCAUAUAUACGUGUAUAUGGAACAUUCCAGAUUGGUGAAACUGUUACUCCUUUCCUCAUUGGUCCUUUGUGUGAACACUGUCGUCACCUGUCUUCUACUUGUCCCUUCUUUUAAGGUGACCUUCCACUUGUCCUACAUUAAAUUAAGGCAAUCAUAAUUAUGUAUAUUAGGGACAUAUUUCCUCGACUGUGAAAAAAAUCUAUAUAAAUAUAUAGAUAAUAUAUAUAUAUAUAUAUAUAUAUAUACAUAUAUGAACUUAUGUAUAGUGUCCAGAUAUUAACAAAAAUAUUUAUACAUUUUCUAAAAAAAAAAAAAGAAGUGGAAAUCAGAAAAAGAAAAGUGUACUGAUGCUGAAAAUGCAGUUGUUAAUGAUAUUUAUUACACUGCAAAGGACACUGGUUCGAAUUCCAAGAAAACGAAUGUCAAAAAAAAGGAAAAAAAAAAAAAAAGGAAAUGUCCCUUCACAUUUGUCCCUUAUUCACAAUAUCAUUUAAUGUGCAAAAUGUAUCCAAUUAAUGUGUUUACAUCGAAAUUACAUAUUUUUAUUGAUUUUUUCUGCAAUCUCUGUGCAUAUGAGCCAAAUUGUUACGUGUACAAGAGCUAUAUUGUGUAUUUUAUUAAAUUAAUAUAUAGUUGUGUUGCAAUAUACAUGGGCUUAUAUUGUAUUUGGCAACUGUUGCCUUAGUAGCCGUCAAACUCUGUGAGUUUCCUUUGCUGUUGGGUUUUGUUUUCUUCGUCGUCCUUUCUCUGUCUGUGCUCUUACUGAGCGAGCCGGCUACCGUACACCUGGGCACGCUAGCGGGGCUUUUUUUUACACACGCGUGUUCGAGCAAACACUUUCGCUUUAACUCGGUCAGAGCUUAUUCAGCCAGCACAUUUCUAUCAAAAUGAGACGAAACACAUACAACUACAGUUUGAUUACCUUUUUUGCAAUGCUGAGAUAAACUUACAGGGCAGCUAUUUUUUAAUUGUGACAAGUUCUUGUCAUUUGGAUUUAUUUUUCUUUCUUUCUUUUUUUAUUUUUUCAAAUCUAAGCCUGCCAUUUCAUAAAGCAGCGUGGAGUCCCUGGCUAACAUUCUGUGAUACUGCCUUACUCACUCAGAAAGCUCACAUUGUUACUGUAGUGCACUUGACUACAAAGAGGACGGGGGGGAUUCUUGAGAAUGUGCUAUCUUAUUUUGUAUAUAAGGACUUUUGAGCGGUCUUUGUAUUCGCUUCAUAUAUGUGUGUUUUCGUUAUCGUGAGCCCAUCACAAUUCAGAUGAAAUUUCAUCGCAAUUCACACCGGUUCUUUGUCUCGGACUGUGUGAAACUUGAUAGCCAAGCAUCUAUUUUUCUCUUUGCUUUGAUGUGUUUUUUUUUUUCCUCGCUUUUUUAUCCGUCUGGAGCUUCACUGUAGCAGUAGAGGCAGAAUUCAAAUGACGCAUUAAUGUCAGGUCUGCAGUUCGAGCAUUCACCGUAGCUUCUCUUUGUAAACAACAAAUGAGAAAAUAAUUAUUUUUGAUUCAGGAGAAUACCGACUCCACUGCUUAAAUAUGUGGAGUGAAAACUUUUUUUUUCCUAAAAAAUGUAAUGGCUGUAAAAGGAGGUAGCUGAUCCAAUAUGGCCUGGUUUUGUUUCUUAAGUGGUGCUGGUCUGUGUCAUGAACAGAUAAUGAGUGCUCAUCAGCUUCCCAUCUCUCCAUUGCUGAAAUGCAAGACUUUCUUGUACCUGCCUCAUCUUGACUGUGUGCUCGAGUGAACUGUUACACACCUCAGGACCUCAAAGAGCCCGUGACUGACUAUUUAUGACACCUGAUGCAGUCACCUGAGGAACAACUUAAACUGCAGCGUACAAAAUAGCCUCCUAUUAUCCUUCAUAUUCACAUAGACAUGAUAGACAGAACUAUUCACAUAUUUUUGCUUUAUAUAUUUAUUUAUCUGCCAAGAAAGCGCUCUUUCUGUUUUUUUUUUUCCUUCUCUCCCUGUCUUGCAGUGGGUUUAUCUACACCCAGGUGCAGAGAUAUAAGUUUGGCAUCAAGGAGAAAACGAAACUUUGUGUUGGUUUCUAAUUGAGUGUUUUUUUUCCUGCCCAAACACAGUGACGAGUCUGAUAUUUUUGACACCCUCGACAUAACCUCAACAAAUAAUGAAAGGCGGCACGGCGGCUUGCGCUCAGAGCUCGAAGCGGCAACUGACACGAGCGUCUUCUCUCUUCCUUUGCACUCAUCAUUGUAGUGCGAUGCCGUGCGCUCCCUUUCAUUUAAGAGAACAAAACAUUCGAGAGACACGGAUGAUCUUAUGCGCGCUUUAACCCUGAGCCAGACAGAUAGAAAUAACUUUUCUGUUUGUCAUUUGUCUCCGUUUGUUUGGGUUUUUUUUUUUCCAACUCACUCUAUUCACUCCAAGUUUGCUCAUUUUUCACGGCUUGCAAAGAUGUGCGUGUGUGGUGCACUAGUGGUUGCCAUUUUGUGAGCAAGUGUGUGUCUGUGUGUGCCCUAAAUUACUAGAGUUAUUCUCUGCGACCUAAAGUUGACCUAAACGUAUUUUUUUCAUUCUAAAUCCAAUAUUAGUGGCACAGUCAAACUGAAGACCAUCCUGAGGUGUCUCUUGCAAAGCCUGUUCAGGUCUCCCACUGAGGUGGAAUGAAUGGUUUAUUACCCAGGCCUUGCAAGCUAUUUGCUGUCUAAUGGAGUAUAAGUUGCUGAGGUCAACACAUAGUUGGAGAUCCAGCAUAAUGCAGUUGCGCCCUCAUUAUUGUCUAAUUACACUGGCUAGGCAUGGAGAGGGAUUGAUCGCUGCAUUAGUCAGAACAGGGGUAUUUUUGGCCAUCAAAGUCUGCCGCUUCAAUGCGUAAUUGAAUGAAACCCAUUAAAAAACAAAAACAAAAAAAAAAACAUCCUUCUACCGUUUCACCAAAUCCUGUCCUGAACACACAUACACACACAGUCCCACACAGAGGGAUCCACCAUACGCUGGGCAAAAGAAAUGAGGCAUACAUUGUAUGGAUAAGCUCAACUGCUAUUGUCUAAGGCUGUGUUCUAUGUGAUCUAUCUGAAAAACAAAACAAAAAAAAGAAUAAAAAGCAAAUUAAUACAUUUAA